UUAAGCCUCUCUCGUCGCCGUGCUCCUUCAUUCGCACAAGGCCACAGAAGCAAACAGAGCAACUCUGUCAAACUUGACGAACACAUACAGCAUCAGCGCACGCACCACCAGUUCACCACUGUAGCAUCGGCAUCUAGAUCAGCAACCGGCAAUGGCGUCCGCGCAGAGUAGCCGCGAGGAGCGAGCGCAGGCCGCGGCACAAAAGGCGGCCGACGAGCUCGCCGCGGCCCGGCACGAGCAGCCCAUCAGCCCCGGACGGCGGACCGGCAUCUUCAGCACCGUGCAGGAGAGCGCGCGGUCGUUGCUGGGCGCCGUCCGCGACACCUUCUCCGGCACCGGCGGCGCCACCACCGCUGCCCACGGGCAUGAUGCUGGCGCCAUGGGGGCCGCUGGGGACAAGCUCGGCGAGGGCCGCGAUUACGCCGCGCGGACGGCCGAGGAGGGGAAGGAGAAGGCGAGGGAGACGGCGGACGCGGCCAUGGGCAAGGCCGAGGAGACCAAGGACGCCGCGGCCGAGAAGGCGGAGGCCGCCAUGGGCAAGGCCGCGGAGACCAAGGACGCGGCGGCGGAGAAGGCGAGGGAGACGGCGGACGCGGCCAUGCGCAAGGCCGCGGAGACCAAGGACGCCGCGGCGGAGAAGGCGGCGGAGACCAAGGACGCGGCCGUGGGCAAGGCGGCGGAGACCACGGACGCGGCGGCGGAGAAGGCGCGCGCCGCGGGGGAGACGGUGACCGAGACGGCGAAGAGCGCCAAGGACGCGGCGUGGGACAAGGCGGAGGGCGCCAAGGAGUACGUGGUGGAGAUGAAGGAGGACGCCAGGCAAGCGCUGGCGGGGGACGCCAAGGAACGCAAGGGCGAGACGAGCGAGUCGGCGCGGCAGCAGGGCGAGGAAGUGCGGCGGCGGGCCGCGGAGAAGGCCCAGGAGAUGCGGCAGCGCGCGCACGAGCCGCCAGAGGAGGAGAGGUCGAAGUCGGCGACGGAGAACAUCUUGGGUUCGGCGCAGGGCCUGACGGAGGCGUUCAAGGAGAAGAUGACGAUGCCGACGGACGUGGUUCAGCACAAGCUCGCCGAGGCACGCGGCGGCGCCGGCGGCAGGAAGGGAAUGGCGCCGCCAACGGCGCACGACGAGGACGACGACGUGAUGACGCGCGUGAAGGCGGCGGACCAGAUGACGGGGACGGCGUUCAACGACGUCGGCAAGAUGGGCGAGGAGGGCACCGGCACCGGCAUGAAGACGGCGCUAAGGGCCGGCGCCGACGAGGACGACGACGUGAUGCUGCGGGUGAAAGCCGCCGACCACAUGACCGGCCAGGCGUUCAACGAUGUCGGCAAGAUGGGAGAGGAAGGCACGGGGAUGCCGUGGGCGUCGAGGACGCGCGCCGCGGGGAACGACGCCUGAGACUCUCGAGAGCGCUCGAUUUACGCUUUUGUUUUUGUUUUCGUUUAGCAGUGUGCGUCGUGUGAAAUGCAAAACUUCUGUUCCGAAUGAAUAAGAGGAAACGGAUUUCUGUCA